AUGCCUGGUUACAAAAGGCUUUUCAUGCGUUUCCACGUACUUCACAUCCCUCAAAUUAGUCUGGCCUAUUUUUCCUUAAAUCUGGUGCUUGGAAAUCCCAUCACUGAUGCUGCUGAGUACCGGCCUUCUCUGUGCCGGGAGCUGGUCUGCUAUGACCCAGAAAGAACUGUGCUCCGGCCAUUAGAGAAAGGACUACGCCUCCCCAAGUCCUUCUGUGAGAACAGCAGAGCCUCAGCACCCCAAUCCGAUGAAGGCUCUGACAUUGACUCGGAACCAGAUUUGCCGCUGAAGAGGAAACAGCGCCGGAGCAGAACCACCUUCACAGCGGAGCAGCUGGAAGAGCUGGAACGAGCCUUUGAGAGAACUCACUACCCUGACAUUUACACCAGAGAGGAACUGGCCCAGAGGGCAAAGCUUACUGAGGCCCGAGUGCAGGUCUGGUUUAGCAACCGCCGCGCAAGAUGGAGGAAGCAAGCUGGGGCCAAUCAACUGAUGGCUUUCAACCAUCUCAUUCCGGGGGGGUUCCCUCCGACUGCCAUGCCGACCCUGCCAACAUACCAGCUGUCAGAGACCUCUUACCAGCCCACAUCUAUUCCACAAGCCGUGUCGGACCCCAGCGGCACCGUGCACAGACCUCAACCGCUUCCUCCAAGCACCGUACACCAAAGCACCAUUCCUUCAAACCCGGACAGCAGCUCUGCCUACUGUCUCCCCAGCACCAGGCAUGGAUUUUCCAGCUAUACAGACAGCUUUGUGCCUCCGUCGGGGCCCUCCAACCCCAUGAACCCCGCCAUUGGCAAUGGCCUUUCACCUCAGGUGAUGGGACUCCUGACCAACCAUGGUGGGUUACCUCAUCAGCCUCAGACUGACUAUGCGCUCUCCCCUCUCACUGGGGGCCUGGAACCUACGACUACGGUGUCAGCAAGCUGCAGCCAGAGACUGGAACAUGUGAAGAAUCUGGACAGUCUGCCCACAUCGCAGUCCUAUUGCCCACCAACAUAUAGCACCACAGGCUACAGUAUGGACCCUGUCACAGGCUACCAAUAUGGGCAGUAUGGACAAAGUGCCUUUCAUUAUCUCAAGCCAGAUAUUGCAUAAGUGAACUGUCCACGUGGAGCUAAAGCUGGCCCUGUUUCCGGCUUCCACAGCCUAGACAUGAAGAA